AUGGAGGCCGGACCGGAAGGAUGCGGACGGGGGCGCGGCAGAGCGGGGGUAGCGCGAGUGAGGACACCUGCGUCUUCAGAGGGCGUUGACAAGGUGGGGGGACAGACAGAGAGCCCAGUUUGUGGACGCUGCGAUGAUGAUGCGCUCAAUGACAUCUGUCUCGAGUAUUCUUAUGAGGAGUUAUACGUGGCGACGGCAGGCUUCUCAGUCGUAGUCGGCCAAGGGGCCUACGGCAGCGUGUAUGAAGGCGUUCUCCGGGAUGGAGGAUCCGUGGCUGUCAAGUGGCUACACAAACCUACAGAGGCUGGGUUUGAAAAGGAGGUGCAAGUGCUGUCGAAAUUCAGGCACCCGAACCUCGUUAUUCUCAUGGGGUUUGCUCGCCACGGAACAGAUCGAUUUCUCGUCUACGAGCUCUUGCCGGGCGGCGAUGUGGGAGCGCGUCUUCAAAAAGGGCCGCUGCUAUCUUGGCAAGACCGCCUGUGUCUCGCUCUUGACUCCGCCAGCGCGUUGUCACACCUGCAGCAUCAUUCUCCCCAAGUUUUCCAUCGGGACAUCAAAACCGCAAACAUUUUACUAGACAAACAUAACAACGCCAAGGUUGCCGACUUCGGCCUCGCCUGUCUCGCCAAAAAGGGCGCAGACGCCUGUCCAGUAAAGCAGACGGCCGGGACAGUUGGCUAUGCUGAUCCGAAAUACAUAUCUAGUGCGGUGGUCACCGAAAAGACGGAAGUCUAUUCCUUCGGCAUGGUGCUUCUAGAGCUGCUGACAGCUCGCCCUCCUGCUGUCCUGAACGCCGACGGGAGCAUUACGUAUUUGCUUACCACCAUUGGAACCUCCAUUUGGCGAACCCUUCGUUACGUUGACUCGCGGGCUAAAUUUCCUCCUCACAUUGCCCAUUCGAUUGCGGUUCUAGCCUUCAGCUGCAUCCAAGACGAUGAGCAAUUCCGGCCGUCAUUCUACAACAUCGUUCAACAACUCCGACUCCUAUGCACUUCGGUCAAUCUUCUUCCGACUCCUUCUCCAGCACUGGGUCGUGCGGUAGCUCAGGCCGCAGCUGCGGCAGCAGCUGUAGGUGCAACAAAGGCAUCGUCCUUGCCUGCGCCUCGUGCGCAGCUACAAGGGGCUUCGCACCGUGAACCGCCCGGAGCUGCAGAUAAGAAAAGCAUCGCAGCGGGAAGGGAGGCACACAAGCGCUCUAAGGGAAGCAGGAGAGAAGACCACAAGCCGUUACGCGACAAAAGGAUCGCAGGGGUGACCGUAAACGUGAAGGAGACCGAUACCUUGUUUUCUGGGCUAGACGCUUCUGUCGCGCUUGCAGAGACAAGCGCCCACCUGCCAAUAGGUGAAGACAAGCGGCGAACGAGUACUGCGGCGCAUAGGACCGUCGACCAGGAGGACGUAGAGGCUGAUUUCCCGUGCGCAAACGGACUAAAGCCGCUUGACCAGCGAGCAUCAGCCACGCUGGAGAGGAGACGAAGUGAAUCGAGACAGUAUGCGGGAGUCACUGCAGAUGCCUUGCCCAGUUGGCAGCUAGAGAAUCAUCAGGCAGCGCGUUGUCGAGACAGAGCAAUUGAACGCCAAAGAUGUGACUCGGCAGCUCAGGAAGGUCCUGGAACAGGCGAGGAACGCACUCGUGAGCAAGCGGCGCGCGACAGUGACACAAGGCAAAUUCGCAGCGUCGCGCCUUGCACCACACCCGAGACGACAGACGCUUGCCGCCCUGCGAAUGCCCUGUUAGGCUUUGUACGGGCGCGUGUGCCGCUGACCAACCGAGAAGAGAAGACAUGUUCAGAGAGGCCUUCAUUGGCAUCAUCGUCUGGCGACCGUCCUCAAGCGUGCGUCUCCCAUGUGUCUAAAGAUGAUCACUCUUCUCGCGCCUCGCAAACCGCAGUGGCGCGGUUUCCUUCAGCCCUCGACGGAGACCGCGACAAAAGGAGAGGCGUGCCUGUGUUGCCGGCUGACAGCCGUCGAGAUCACGCCGCGCUUGCCUGUACCACCUGGCGGGAGGCCACAUCGACUGAGUCGGCGCGCCGUGGCAAAAGCCACGACAAGGCCCCUCGUGCCAAGGCGAUUCCUCGGCUGCGACAAGCUCUUCCUUCGUCACCUUACCCUGAGACCGCGGGAGCUAAGCCGCUCGCUGUCGCACAGAGUUGCUGUUCGCGCAGUAGCACAUGUGGUGUGCCUGCUCAGCCGAGCUGUCGGAUUGCCUCGACGUCGUGCAUUUCUCCAACGCAGGCCCCCGCUGCAAAUCAGUGUUCAGCCUCUCGUUAUCCAGCGGUUCCCUCGUCUUGUUUGGCGGUCGGGGCGGCAGACCUUUCGUCGCAUGGCCGCUCAUGCUCCCACCCCAUGCAGAACGUCCCGCGGCUUGUGUGCGACGAGGGAGCCGCACAGGCGCAAUGCGGUUCGGCCCCCGCUCGCAGGCAGAACCUAGGCAACAACCACCUAUCGUUCAGGGGUGGAGGCGCCGGCUCUCGCGAUGUGGCAAAAGAGCCGAGAGGUGCGACGCAAAGGGCUGCUGUGGCACCACCCAGCAAAGCGACGGCACCUUCCUUCGCUUCCUUUCAGGUGCUCGCGGCGAGGCCCGCCGCCGCCGGACGCGAGCCUUUCCGAUUGGAGCAAUACGGCUGCCGCAUGGACGCAUACUCUCGAUAUCGUAUUUGCGACAGUCCGGAGAGCCCCGCAGGAAGCUACAGCAGCGGGUGCGCGCUGACCUCAUCCCCCUUUCCUUUCGAAGGAACAGGCGCCGCUUGCCAGGGCCUCUCCUUCGACAGGGACCGCCACUGGCGCCUUUCUGCACCGCACAGGCGAAGGGCAAGUUUCCCUUGUGAUCGCUUGGAGGUCCGAGACAGAGGCGGGGACCGUUCGCCGUAUCAGCAGUUUCAAAGACAGCACGCGUCACUGCCGUCGCCGUAUGGCUGGCUGGGGGGCGGUCAGGGAGCCUGUAGAGGGAGCCUGGAGGCGCUAGCGUCGCCCGCGGCAUGUCGCGAAAUACAAACUUUUUCCGGAGACUGUUUCCGCAGGAAAGAAGCAAGCGACGGCAGAGCGUGCGCACCUCGUUCGGUGCAACCUGAAGCUGCAGAAGGAACGGAGAGAGAAUACGCGGAGGCGAGACAGACGCCGGGGCUUGUUGCCUGCGCUCUCCAGAGCACGCAGCGCAUGCGAAGCAAGCAUUUGCGUUACUCGGUCUCCAAAGAACAUCGUAUCAUGCAGCAAAGCGAGGCGCGCACGAGUCACCAUCUCCAGGGCCUGCACAACUCUGCGGGACUCUACGAGGACGUUAAUGGUGUAUUCAGAGCCGUCUGGUCGUCUUCCAUCCUCCGUCCGAAGAGACAGGCGAGUGACGCCACAUCGGAAAAGCCUCAGGCGCCGCCGGACAGCACAGACAAUGUCAAAAAGUUCUUCGGUUGUAGCGAUGGCGUUGCCGAGGCCUCGGCUGACGUUUCUUCGUCCACGUGUUCAGACCACAAUCGCUCGGGCUCUCCCCAAGGCGGCCCGGUUUCGCCUGGCUGCUCAGUUCCUGACGGCUGCGCCCUCAUACGCCAGACGGGGUCUUUAGGACUGGUCUCGGUCAAGCUUGACAAACGAUCGGUGUCGGGCGGAAGCGUAGCAGACGGAAGUACAAGUACCACAGCGCCGGCGACGGCGCCCCCAACAGAGCGGAGCGCGUGCAGUACUACCGCGCGGGGGGUGACGGCGGAGAGCAGGACAGGCAGCCUGCGGCCUGCUCCUGCAGCUGCGUGUCCGUCUGAGGUCGCGACGCGAGAUCAAGCGGUGCGUCCGCUGCUGCAUCAAGAAACGCUUCAGUGGCUCGAAAGACCCUUCAGCGCACCGCUGGAAUCGGCGGAGUUCAUGUCUCCUGCUCUCAGUGGAGCGCCUUCCGUGGAGCUGCUGAAGCGCCACUCCGAGUUCCUGGGGGACGCGUCUUGCGGUCGACCGGCGUCGCUGGCAGCGGUUGCGUCUUCCGACCGCAUUCAGAAGAGUUUUUCGGCGGCAGAGUCCCCCGACGAGGCGCCUGCUGCCCGCUCGAGUCGAGGCAGUGGGGCUGCGCCGUCUGGGCCGAGGACCCUGAGACUGUCCCAUUCGCUGGGAGGAGCAGCGUGCUCUCUGCCGCCACCCGAUCGCGACGGAUCCUCCAGUGCAAAGAACGGCCUUCUCUGCGAAGGCGCACCGUCGCAGGAAUCCGUGUCGGAACCCGAGACGCCGCCUCUCCCGACUGCUGGAGAGUGUCUAGCGCCUGAAGGGGUCAAGGUCUCCAAAGCCGACCUCCCGUGCGGCGUGGACGUGCCGCCCGAAGACACGCUCUCACCUGCACCGUGCGACCCUGGACAGCCUGCAGGCGCGGCGGAGCUGACCGUUGCUACAGGGGCCAUUUGCGAGCAGGAGAAGAGCUUGAAAACCCCCUGGCGCCCGUUCGCAGGGUGGACCGACUGGGGGAAACUGUGGGCUUGUCAGAGUUCUGCCACCGCCACCACCACGGAAGAUGCCGACCCUGCUGAGCUGGGCGCCAGUACGGAGAAUUCAACGCAGCUCUUCGGCGAGGCUCGGGUUGACGGGUCACGAGAGCUCUCUGCUGACGUGUCCGAGCCAGCGGGUAGCACCGAAAGCGACGAAGGAGGUGUGGAGCAAGACAUUGGAGAUAAUGCGACGAAAGACAACGACAGACCCGACGGAGACGCUGACUGCACAACUCAAGUCACAUCUGCCGCUUGGGAAGAGGAGCCUGAUGCAGCGGAGACGCAGCCACGAAUCACGCGGGGGGAGACAGACGAGGCGGCAGAGUCGUUGCCUCCUUCGCCGAACAUGAAAACGGAGGAACUCUUGCCAGCGGCUCGAGGGCAGGACGGUCUGCGAGACUUUUUCGCGUCGCUGUUUUCGGCGCGGCUCCACCCCCCAGCGACUGCCAGUUCAGGGCAGCAGCCCAGGCCUGCCUCUCAGGCCUCGAUCAGCCUCUCUCCAGAGCUUCGCGAGCUUACGAGCGACAGUCUUUCGUCCUGUUCGUCGCCUUCCUCUGCGGCAGGGCCUUCUCGCAGGGCACAGCUGACGAGGACAAGCACAAGCAGCUGCACAUCUCCGGCUACUCCGUGCAACGAGACCUCGCACCUUCAGUCUCCAUCCUCAGCACGUGCUGUUCGAUCAAGCUUUUUACUGGACGAACUGCCUGCUCUCGCUGAGGAAGGACGAACAGAUUCGGUGGAUGAAACACACGCCCGAGAGUGUGGAGACCCGUCGAGAGACGAAUCGCAGGACACGCAAGAAGAUAGGCACCACACGUCUGGAGAUCCUUUCUUCGAGAAAGCGGAAGCGACUGAAUCAACCGCGGAAGAUGAGGGAGAAGGUUUUUGCGAGCCGGGGAGUAAGAAGGAUCUUCCGCGGAACGCAUUUCGAUCCAAAACUUUCCUUCGAGCGCUCUCUGGACCCAAAACCAUUCGGCAUAUCCAAGGCAGGGAUGUGCCUCCUUUCGAAACCUCCGCACUGGGCAGCGACCCAGCGAUUCAGGAGAUGCGAGCGGAGCGAGCCAGACGCUUCUUGGCAGGGGGAGGCCUGUAG